AUGCACACCAGAUCCAAAGGACGAGACAACCUCCUAAGUACAAGCGAUCUUGACAAAGCAGAGCAAAACAAACGGUCACGCAGAGUUACUUCGCGAACCAGAAGACAAGAGGUUCCGGACAUGGCAGCCCAACCCCAACAGGAAGGAUUCCCACCCGGACCGGAACAACAAGGUGGUCAGCGAAACAAUCCACCUCUGCGACCUCACCGUCAAAUAGGUGCCGGCGAUGCACCUAACACUCACGAAAACCGUCAAGGCAUAGCCCCGCCGAAUGUGCACAACAACUUCGAAAUCAAACCGCACAUUCUGCAUCAAGUCCAACAAAAGAUCUAUCACGGUCUACCUGAGGAAGACCCGUUGGACCAUCUUGACGAGUUUGACAGAGCAUGUGACUUGAUCACACAGAAUGGGGUAAGCGAAGACGCAACCAAACUUCGUUUAUUCCCAUUCUCACUUGAUGGCAAAGCUCGCCAAUGCUCUCCUUUCUUCUUCAUCCCAAAUCACUCUUGGGUCGGUCUCUCUUAUAGUAAAGACGGACGCGGCAUGGUUGUGCUUAGAACGGUCGUCUUUGCCUCGGUCAAGACCUUCUCUUCCAAGUUGGCUAAGCGAGUGGUUAAAUCCUUGACUUCCUUGGAGACUCCAUCUACUUUGUCUUCAAGCCCUCUAGCUCUUCUUUGA